AAUUUACAAGAGGAACAGUGUGCAGUCACUGGGGAAAAAACACUAUCGCCGUUCUUCCAACUGGAUUUGGUGAAAGCUUAAUUUAUUAACUGGCUCCGUUGGUAAUGAUGUUCCCUGGUAUUUUGUUACGCUGAUUGGGUGAAGGAGUUUUUCUUUCAAGGUGUGUUACCUGUUACUGAUGUUGCUGUAGAGUCGUCAGUCGCCUCUGACUGACUGACUAACCCUGACCAGACACACAGACAGGCAGAUAUGAAGAGUGGAUCACAGGGAAUGGACACCAGCACUGCUCCAGAUCCCAGAGUGCAGUCAGACUGCAGCUUAGCGUGUCUGCGACGUCGGGCCUGGGCCCAGAGCAGAGACUCCAUCUGGCAAGAAUCAGAAGCAGAGAGCCUUGACUCCCAGGGCCCCCAACAGAGCCAGAGGGACGGGGGAGAGCAGAGACCCUCAGAGGAUCCAGGGCAAGUUCCAAACAAGAUCACCAGCUGGCUGAUUGACUGCAGGACUCCCCUCGGAGCCUCUCUAGAUGAUCAGACUGCUUCUCCCAGCAAAGGAGUGCUGAAGAACGGCUGCAGCUUUGAAGAUGACCUUUCACUGGGAGCUGAAGCCAACCAUCUUCAGUCCAGUAACAAUAAAACUGAAUCCUGUUUUGGUCUUGCGGCGGAUCAGAAGAGGAGUCAGUUUAAAGAGAGAGGAAGAAGUAUGAACUCCACAGGAUCAGGAAAAAGCAGCACUGUGUCCAGUGUUUCAGAGGUGUUGGAGCAGUCAGACGAGCACCCAGAGGAGACCUUCCUUAACCUGCGUGUGUCAGAGCUGCUAGAUCUGUACGAGGAGGAUCCAGAGGAAAUCCUCUUAAAUCUUGGUUUUGGUCGAGAAGAACCCGACCUAGCCUCAAAGGUUCCUGCCAGGUUCUUCAACAACUCUUCCAUAGCACGAGGCAUUGACAUCAAGGUAUACCUGGGAGCUCAGCUACAGCGCAUGGAAGUGGAGAACCCCAACUACGCCCUGACUAUUCACCAGUACGCCAGGACACAUAAAGGAGCAGGUCGUUUCCGUCAGAUUGAGGUCUUGACCUCAGUAGCUAACGAGUUCUUCCAGCUCUACAGUCAAGUUUCUGGUCAACCUGUCCAACGCAUCAGCUCCAGGGACCAAGGAGGAGAAGUGGGUGAAGCAGGUGAGGAGAAGUCAUCUCCUUCUCUAAAGAGGAGCGGCUCGGCUCGAAAUGUCGCCAAACUCCUCAAGAAAACCAUCACCAAACACAACCUGCUUGCAGCCUCCUCCGAGUUGCCUGAAGUGAACACACCUAACCAGAAAACACCAUCAAACGGACACGCCACUUCUGAUCACACACACACCAACGGUCACGCACACACCACCACCUGGCUGGAACAGAACGGCAGCAGCACCGAACCCGACCACCAGGUGGAGACUGGCACCCAGAAACACAUGCGCAAGAAAGACAGCUGUCCCUUGGCGACAGUUAAAGAGGAAACCAAUGGGGAUGGAGAAGAAAGUCCUGAACAGAGCAGCAGCACCGAACCAGCAGCCAAUGGAGAGCAUCAACCAGAGUCAGCUGACUCUCAGUCAUCCAAUCAGAAAACUGAAGAGGGAACCCAGGUGGUCAAGGAGGAGGAGAAGAACCUGACUUCAACCCCAGAGAAAGCUCCUCCCUCCCUGCCCCCGCUUCAGCUGGCCCAGCUUCGCACAGAAAACACAGACUCUUUCGACAUGGAGGAGAUUCAGAGUAACGAAGAUGAGGCUCCUCCACUCAGAACUUCCAGAGCCACCGACCUGUUGAGGACAGUCAGUCAGCAGUCAGACAGCAGUGGUUUCGCUGAGGAGCCCUCCGCUGACUCCAACAGCUACCUCAAGGUGCAGGAUAGCAGUGACAGCUGUGACAGUGAGACCACUGUGACGUCACACCCUUCACUUGAUUCGGCCACGCCACUUGCGAUGGACCAACCAGUGUUCGAGCUGCCAGAUGGCCCAGAGAAAGAGGCGGGGCCUGGUGGUCCUACUGAGGUGGAUGGGAGGAGUAGUUCCAGGGAAGAAGAUGAGCAUGAUGGGAAUUCAGAGCAGUUUCCACAGUACACCGCUCACCACCUGCCCAGGAACCAACCAAUUGGAGUGCGGCAGGAUGAGAGCGAGGAGAAGGAGGAGGAACAGCAAGUUGAGAUUGGAGACCGAACUGAUCCCAAACCAGAACCAGAGCCAGAACCAGAACCAGAACCAGAACAGGAGAGUCUGUCUGCUGCAAAAGAAGAACCACAACAGACCACAGCAGAAACAGAGCCACCCACAGCAGAUGUGGCUGCUGAGGUUCAAGAAGAGCGUGAAUUCUUGGAUGAUUCUGGUUCACUCUGUUAUCCUCCUCCUCCAUCCUCUCCGGUUCUCAACGCUCUGAUCCGAGCCAAGCAGAACCAGCUGACCCGGAAUGGGCAGCGGGGUGACCCCCAGUCCGCCAACUCCCCCCCAACCCCAGGGAGAGGACGAGGAAGACGUGGUGUCCCUCUACAGAGGUCCUCCUCCCUCCCACUCUCGUUCCUCUCACCCUCCAGGGUUGUGUCCUCCGUCAGGAUCCAGUUUGGGCGCGGCCAGGCGUCCUGCACGCAGCCCAGGUACUCCUUCAAAUACACCCAGGAGGCUGAGGGGGACAAGGGAGAGGAAGAAGAGCAGGAAGGACAAACUAACAUUCUGUCUACUCUGAUCAUAAACCCUGCUUCGUCGUCUGACUCUAUCAACCAUCCGACAAGGCUUCCCACAGAAACUCCCGUCCCACCUAAACCCAUCCCACGCCACCUGAUGCGGUCAACAGUUUCCCUGCAGAGUGCCAGCCCUCCUCCUAAUUGGUCACCAGGAAGCCAAGCCCACUCCUGGAGUACCCAGAGCGUUCCCGAUCUCUCCUUCAAUCAGCAGCAACCAGGCCAGUCCCAGCAGAACAUGAGCGCCAACCAGAACCAGCAGAGUUGGAAUCCAGGGCAGACGAUGUUCCGUUACCCUAAUCCUAAUCCUACAGCUCAGUACCCAAGCCCCAAUCCUAGUCCCAGCCCCUACCCCUUCACUCCGAACCUUCCUACACCCUACCCCUCCCCUCUCCAUCCAUACGCCAGCCUCCCUAACCUCGCUCACCACCACAACUUGUCCCACCAUUCCAGUCUAACCAGUCUCUACCAGCCUGCAACUCUUGCAAACCCCCACCACAGCAGCUUCUCUAACCUGCAUCAUGCCUCAGCUCCUGCAACUCCCCACCACGUCAAUCUGGGCAGCCUACAUCCAGGAACUCCACCGAUGCCCCACCAAGCGUACAGUCACCUAUACGGUCAUCAGCCACCUUACCAUGCAACUCCAUAUGGCUCGCAGUUUGUCUCACCCUACCUUGGUUACCAUGGGUACAACAUGAACCCACACAUGGCCUACCCUCCACACGUCACCCAGUAUCCACCACCUCCAGAGCACAGCCUCCACCCGGGGCUUGCUCCUCCUGCUGCAGGCUUCCACCCAGGCCUGGCUUCAUCCCUCGGCUCAGGUCACAGCCUCCACCCGGGCCUCGCUCCUCACGCUGCUCAAGGUCCAGGAUCCAGCCAGGGCCCAUCCAGCACUGAGAUGCAGCUGAGGAGAGUUCUGCACGACAUCAGAGGAACGGUUCAGAGUCUGGGCCAGACGCGAGCUGACACUCCAGAUGCGUUCAGGGACCACAGAGCACCUCUGUCAAGCCACCAGCCUUUGGCAGAGUUUCAGCAGAAAAGGCAGAGUCUCAACUUGUUCCGCAGUCAGAUGAUGGACUUGGAGCUGUCAAUCAUCAGACAGCAGGCUCAGGUCUACAAACACCUGAGCCCGGCCGACAGGAUGGAGGUGGAGCAGCUUCAGUCUCUGAGGUCAGCAGUGAGGGAGGAACUUCAGGAGCUGGAACAACAGCUGGAAGACAGACUGAUGGAGCUGACGCAUCACCCACAACACAGGGGUCUCCAUAGAGACAGCAGUGUUGACAGUCUGUCCACAGAAUCUGCACUGAGAGCCAUGGAGCCGGUGUCAGACCUCCUCAGAGAGCAGCAUUACCUCCGAUCGGAGCUCAGCUACGACGGCCACGCCACCCCCACCGAUCCCUCUUCCCGAUCCUCCAGUCCAGUCCAUGGAGGGGACGGCGAGCAGAGAGGAGGCGUGUACAAGGCAUCAGUUAACAUAACCCCUGCCCCACCUCCUCGACCGAACGCACACAUUGAGGAACAGAAGGAGGAGGAGGAGGAGGAGGAGGAAAAUAGGGAUGCAGGAGAAAGAGGAGGAGGGAGUGGAGGAAGAGGAGGAGGAGAAGCAUCCAAGGAGGAGGGAGCAGCAGGAGGAGUCAGAGUGGAGAAUCUGCAGCAGCUCAUCAAAGAGAUUCGGGAGAGUGUGGCACAGGAGGUCCGACAGGAGAUCUACAGCGAGCUGCUCGCUGCCGUGUCGCCACGGCGAUCGCCCCUGCCUGGCAGGCAGCACCCCCUGUAGUCACGGCGACAGCAGAGCACCGCCCACUUUCACCUUCAGCCUUCAUGACCACAGCCUGAGAGCAACACUGUCUGUCUGUAACACUGUAUAGCUGAGUAACACUGUCUGUGUGGAACACUAUGCGUCUGUAACACUGUAUGUCUGUAACACUGAUGACGGAUUGAGCACAUCGCCCGCAUGUGAUAAACUCAGACGGGACGCAGAGCGCGGCAAGGACGCUUGUGUGUCUGUUUGCCAGUGUGAUGCAUGCUGGGAACACCAGUCUGGACCUGUGAACGAUCAGCGAUGUUGCGUCAUCUUUUCCUGUUUUGUUUUUCUAAGCUGUUUUGAUCAAAGUCAGGCCUCAAACUAUUUUCACUGCCACUAAUACUACAAGUACGACAAGUACUACGAGUGGUGCUGCUAACAGUGCUCUGCCAGUACCAGCACUAUGAGUCCCAGUCCUGUGAAUGUACCCAUCACGUUCUUUUGCCCACAGUCCCAGUCUGAGAUCAGAUCAGUCCGUCCUGAUAAGAAUAAGAACAAAUAAUCAGUAGCUUGUGACCUAAAACAUUUAUUCAUUUGGUUGUUUGGCUGAAUUGAGCCUUUAACAUGUUGUCAGCAUCACACAGGGGACCAACUUCCUUUAAUUAUACUGUAAGUGCCUUAAUAAUCUUUAAUCUGAGCUCUUGUGCCUUUUUAGUUUGGGGGCUACAUUCCUUCAUCUUUAAUAAGAUUUCUCUGAGUCUGUCAAACUUUAACGCCUUAAAGUUACUCAUUCCAUGCACAUUUCACCUUCAUGUAAAACAUUUAAAGAGGUCUUAAAAUAUACAAUUAAGGGAUCAUGAUCCUUAGCUAUCCACAUUCCUUCAUCAUCAUCUUCAUCACCAUCAUCAUUGUCAUUGUGCAUCUGUUCCUCACGCCUCAUUCACAGUUAAAUCCGUUGGUUAAUGUUUUUUUCUUUGUGCUAAGCUGAACUGAAAGGAUCUCACAAAACCCUGGACUGUCCCUUUAAAGGCCCAGACAAACGACACCGACGUCAGAGAACUCGUGCCGACAAAAGCUGACUGUUCAGUUGUCUUACGUCGCCUGUGUGUCGGUCAAAAAGUUGCACAUGAUAUGUUAUACAGAUGUUAUACAUCUGCGUGACAGGAAAUAACGUUUCACAUCAGCAGGCGGCAAUAGACCCAUUUUGUGUUUGUAAUAGUGAUGACAUAUUUUGUGGGCGGAGCCGAACUGGUGGCAGAAAGGGACAGUAGUUGUGUCGGUGUGAGCGCCAAGUAAAAAAGCACUAUAUCGUUUCUAUUUCUUAACAUGAGUUUAUGAUCUAUGUGUAGUGGAAAAAAGUUUUGUCUGCAGUUAAUUAGGAUCUUGAUAUUUAGGCUAAUCACUGCUCAAUGCUCAGUAGAGGAGGUUGCGUUGGGAUUAUUUGGAUUAUUUAAUUAUUUACGUGGUGAAAGAUAAAUCGUCAUAAGAGCUGUAAAAACUCAUUUGUCACGCAUGAAUUUGACUUAUUGUCCUUGAUUAAUAGUUGUGGAGACGUCCCCACGUAAUAUGAUUUAGUACAACUUAUGACUAUGCUAACGCACUAGCUAGCUAACACUGUCUGCUUAUUAACACCUUAAUCAUAUCUAAAUAUAUUAACUUUCACCACUGCUCUCUUUAGAAAGGCCACCGCAAGAAAACACGUUCUUUGUUUAUGUUAAAGUCUAGCCAAUAAUGUACAUUUAGAUCGCUUCAUCUGCGUCCAGGCAGGGAAAGUGAAAUGACCCUAACAUUAGCGAUGUAGCUAACGUAGCUAGCAUGCUACCUUUGGCUAAUCGCUGACAGCUUGAAACAAGUGAUGAUUAAUUUUCUGUUUUUUAAUCUAGACAAAGAACGUGUUUUCUUGUGGUGUCCUUUCUAUGUGACCGCUGGUGAAAGUUACUGUAUUCUGGAGUUAAUAAACAGACAGCGUUAGCUAGCUAGUUGAAAAGUUGUCUAAUGUUACUAUUAGCCAAAUCCAUGCUAGCCAAAUGUGACUUUUUACAAUUUAUAAUGAUGAUGAAUUAUCUUUCACCCCAUCAGUUAUUCUGUUCAUGUAAGCCUCCAUGGACUAUUCAGCAGCGAUUAUAUCCUGAAUAUCAAGAUUAUAAUUAACUGGAGACAAAACUUUUACUAGACAUUUUUAUUUCAGGUAUGUCAACUGUUUCUCUCCGAUGUCCACUGUUUUUUUUGCCACCAGUAUGCGCACGCAACUGCCUUGACGUGACCGUGACGUCCAGUCAACAUUGGUCCAUAGUCUUAAAUUGUUGUUCGAAAAGGGCAACCGGGAAACUGUCAGAAUGGAUUCAAGACAGUUGUCAGCCAGUUAGCAUAUGAACAACACAGGCCUAUGUCGAUAGAACAAAUGAUAGUUACCGUGUGCUAGCAAACAAUAACACAAACAAUUACGAAACAUUUUUUCCACAUAAAAGCCAACAAGGGCCAGCGGUGCAAGACACACUGCAAAAACUACGGCAACAGAUGCCUGCUGAUGGCUCAACAUCGACCAAUGUCCGGCUGUUGGCGUCAUGUGUCGGGGCCUUUACACCUACAGUCUUUGCUUUGUGUGUGUUGGUUGUUACUGAGCAGGUGAUUCGAUUCGUGUGUGAUGUCAUGAGGUACUGUGGAGGUCAAAGGUUACUCCGCAGCAGCAGCAGGUUUCAGUAAGUUGUCAUGGUGACAGUCAUGGUGAUGAUGUUGAUAAUGAUGCAAUCCCCGGUGUGAGGGAGGAGCUUAGCGAGCACACCUGAGCUGAAUUAGCCUCGUUAGCAUGUUAGCUUCCCACUGUCCAACGACAAAUCUGUGUGCAAUAAUAAUAUGAAUAUAUUGAUUAUGUAUUGAUUACUGACACUAUCAGUAAGUCACUGCUAACAUUUCAGGUCAUCCUGCACCACUUCAGCACAAACUGUCUACCUGCACAUCGGAUACAAACUAAUCUGCAGCCAGUUUUCUGUCGAGAGAAACUCUGAUUUUCCUGCUUUUUGCACAGAAUCCACAGAAAUAAUUGAUUAUUGAACAAUUGAUUACUAAUUAUUGACCAACCUAAUUAAUGAGCAUCCAUUUUCUUGAGCUCUAAAGCCUGUGUGGAGUGUCUCUGUGGUCCCUCGAUGGUUUUCAGAUGAACAGUCACAUCUGAAAACUUUGGGAGUCUCUGAGGUGACACGAGCACGCUGCACCCACCAUCGCUGAGUGUGAUUGGCUGAGAGACCUGUCAAUCAAUGCAGACAUGCUCCUAAAUACCUCUUCUUCUUCUUCUUCUUCUUCUUCUUCUUCUUCUUCUUCUUCUUUUUUUUUUUAAAUCUUCGUAGAACAAUGAGUCUUAAAUCUUCCUCACAGACUCACAUUAGAAUUUAAAUAUCUACUGAAAGCUGAACUUUUGGAAACAAUUUAUUAACUUCUUGUUUUUGUGGAUGUUCAUUUGUGAUGUUUGGGAGCAGUACAUGGUGAAGAGAAUCUGAGUUGUAUUAAAAGCUCUAAAUCAUUAUUAACCUUUGACCUUUUGAUUCUCUUCACCAUUUACUGACGUUGUUUGUUUCAACUUUUUUAUUUUUCAUGUUCACUGAUCACAAACUUUGCUCUGCUGGACCAACACUCACUGUGAGCUCCGAGGCUCUGCGUGCUUUUAUUUUUAUUUUUUAUUUUUUAUUUUUAACUGAUCAAGAAAAGAAAAAUCCCUCACACACUUCUAAUUACAGUUCACUGUCUGUCUGUCGGUGUCUAUUAAUUUCUAUUGAUGUCUAUUAAUGAUGUGUAUUUUGUAUUGAUGUCUUGUCGGCGGGGUGCAGGGGAGGGAUCACUCUGUAGAGAUGAGAAUAAUAAAGAUGUAUUUAUUUUCAGUA